AUACCAGACAAAACCAAAAGUGAAAGUGAAAAUAGCUUCAGAUUUGAUUUCGUGUUCAAGCACACGACACAUUUCAUGAUCAUGACAGAUUAAAAUACCAUCAUGAAAUGGCAGCGAACAUCGAUAAAGUGAAAAUUGUCGUCGUAGGCGAUUCAGGUGUGGGUAAAACGUCAUUAGUUCAUCUUAUUUGUCAUCAAGCUCCAACAACAAAUCCUCCAUAUACAAUAGGAUGUUCGGUAGAAGUCAAGUUGCACGACUACAAAGCUGGCACUCCUGGAGAGAAGACAUUUUUUGUAGAACUGUGGGACAUUGGUGGGUCAACAAGUCACCAAAACAGUCGCUCCAUCUUCUACAACUCGGUGCACGGGAUAAUGCUGGUUCAUGACCUCUCGAACAGAAAGUCACACCAAAAUCUAAGAAAAUGGCUGGGUGAGGUGAUAAAUCGAGGAAGUACCAAAGAUAACGCCAAUGGAGGUGACUAUGACCAAGAAUUGUUUGCUGGAAUCCAGAUCCCCAUAAUGGUGGUGGGCUGCAAGGCCGAUCAAGCCCAAAACCUCCGAGAGAAAUCACCCUCAGGUCGAUCUUCAGUCGCCGAGGAAUGUGGUGCUGAUGAAUUUAAUCUUGAUUGUAACCAGGUUAAACAUAUAUCUCCAGGGUCCACAAAUGCUGUCAAAUUGACCAAAUUCUUUGACAAGGCAAUAGAGCGCCGAUACCAGGGCCGAGAAAGCUGUAGUCAGGUAAAUACACCGACAGGAAACAGACUGGGCUACACUUUCACCGACUAAUGACCAUGGGCACAUAACUCCAACAAUGGAAAGGAAAAGAUUCUUUAAAACAUCACAUGUGGACUGACAAUGACCAAAAGCUUAUUUUUUAUUUUGUUAUUGUGCAAUAUCUAGUAUAUAAACAUGCAACAACUUCAA